AAAAAUAAUUUCUGAUCUGCCUGUAGAGUAUAACUGUUGAGCAGCUAAGGAUUUUGUUACUCGUGUUGUUGAGUAUGGCGGAAGUUCCGGCGAGUCCAGGAGGUGGUGGUGCAAGCCAUGAGAGUGGUGGUGGUGAUGAACAAAGUCCUCAAUCGAAUGUGAGGGAACAGGACAGGUACCUUCCAAUUGCAAAUAUAGGCCGCAUUAUGAAAAAGGGAUUGCCUACUAAUGCCAAGAUAGCUAAGGAUGCCAAAGAUACUGUUCAGGAAUGUGUUUCGGAGUUCAUCAGUUUCAUCACCAGCGAGGCAAGUGACAAGUGUCAGAAAGAGAAGAGAAAGACGAUUAAUGGAGAUGAUUUGAUAUGGGCACUGACCACCUUAGGAUUUGAGGACUACAUUGAGCCACUAAAGGGCUAUUUGAUUAGGUACAGAGAGAUGGAGGGAGACACCAAGGGAUCUGUUAGGGCUGGAGAUACGUCUGCUAGAAAAGAUAUAGUUGGAGGUCAUCUCGGUCCCAGUUCACAGCAGUUCGUCUAUGAUGGCUCUUUUACACAAGACUUAGACUAUGGGAACUCCCAAAUGUGAAUUUCUAAAAUAACAACGGCGCAGAUGUGAGUAUCUUCUGCCUUCUGAUCUCUCGCUGAUAUAUGUACGAAAACCAUUCAAUGGUGCGCUGAUACUUGUUUGAAAGCUCUAGAAACCGAAAGUAUCCUGCAAAAUCUUGAAUUUUGCCAUACAACAAAGCACUUUGUUUUCUGAACUUCUCUUCAAGUACUUUGAUGCUUUGUACAUGCAAUUUGUCUGUUAUUGCUAUAAACUGGUAAAUUUUCUGCAAAUUAGCUUAAGAUUCUAAGGUUGAGUGACCUUAACUUUUUGUAUGAAGUUUACUUUUAAGAUAUUGCUUUUGGAAGUGAGCAGAAUGGUUCUUGGUA